AUGCCCACCCUGCUGCUCAUCGCCCUCGUCCUCUGCCUCGCCGCCUGCAUCCUGCGGGCUCAAGAGCGGGAGGAGAUGUACACCCUGGAGAAGGAGCUGCAGCAGGGCUGCGGCAGCGCCCACCGUGCCAGGGAGAGGUUAAACUGGCUGGAGGAGAAGCUGGCCCGCCGGGAGAAAUACAACUUCACGGGCAGCAUGAUCGAGACCUACGUGUUCAAGUUCAUGGCCGAGCACUUCAGAGGGUUAAACCUCAGCAGCAGGAUGGAUGUGAAGCUGGGCAGGGGCGGGAGGCUCAGGCAUGCCAUGAACUUCCCGGCGGAGCUCAUGGAGGGUGUCCGGGCACGAGGAGUGGAGCAGGAGCUCAUUUGCAUCUACAUCCACAGCCCCUGCAUGUUCCAGGACGCCCACAACAGCUCCGUGCUGAACAACAACGUGCUGGGAGCCUUCCUGCAGAGCGGGCACGUGGCCGGGCUCAGCCGCCCCGUGGAGAUCCAGUUCUGGCACAACACGGUGCUGGAUGCCUCCAAUGCCACCUGUGUCUUCUGGAAGCCCGGAGCCGGCGCGGGCAGCACAGGCAGCUGGAGCAGGGAAGGCUGCGAGACCACGCACAGGGAGGGCACCGUUAUCUGCCACUGCAACCACCUCACCUACUUCGCCGUCCUGCUGCUCCCGGCGAGCACCCUGAGCCCAGCCCAGCUGGCAUCGCUCACCCACAUCAGCACCAUCGGCUGCUCCCUCUCGGCUGCCGCCGCCCUCUGCACCCUCCUGCUCUGCUGCUUCUCCAGGCAGCGGCUGAGGGACAACACGACCAGGAUCCACACACUCCUGGCCGCGCUGCUCCUGCUCAACUGCAGCUUCCUGCUGAGCACGCCGCUGGCCGCCAGCGCCGAGGGGCUCUGCCGGGUCACCGCCGCCCUGCUGCACGCCAGCCUUCUCUGCACCCUGGCGUGGAUGGCUGCUGAGGCUUUCCACCUCCUCCUCCUCCUCGUCAAGGUCUACAACGUCUACAUCCAGCACUACCUCCUCAAGCUCUGCCUUUUCGCUUGGGGUCUGCCCACGCUGGCCGUGGCGGCUAUUUUUGUCUUCAAGAGAGAUACAUAUGGGUACCACGCCAUCAGCACCUCUGAAGGCUACAGCAAUACGACUAUGUGCUGGCUCACCAGCCCACCGGCCCAUCACGCCACCCUCUGCUACGCCGGCCUCAUCCUGCUCUUCAACACCGUGGUGCUGGGGAGAGUGGUGAUGAUACUGCGGAGGAUCCGGCGGCAGAAGGAGCAGGCAAGGAAGGACUGGGUGACGGUGCUGGGGCUCACCGGCCUGCUGGGCACCACCUGGGGCCUGGCCUUCUUCAGCUUCGGCGUCUUCCUCGUCCCCCAGCUCUACCUCUUCACCAUCCUCAACUCCCUGCAAGGUUUCUUUGUCUGCCUCUGGUACGUCACCGUGCACCGCCGGAGCAAGCCGGGCUCCUUCAGCAACACCUCCAGAUAACGUGCCCUGACGCCAGGGUGAGGGGCUGCGAGGGGAGCUCGGGAGCUGCUCCCUGAGGACGCGGUGUGGUGACAUCCCCCGGGACUCAACAGCCAGCGCCGCGGACGCCGCGGGUUUCUUCAGGGGAAGCAUUUGGGCUGCAAAGCCGGAUUUCUGGGCGGUGGGAGCUGCCUGCUGCCGGGGGGCUGCGGC